AUGGACCCUACCUGCGGUCCCAGUUGGGCAAGGCUAGCUUCUCUUUUACGAUCAACUCCUCGCUUUUGUGUGAUGGUACAUGCGGCCAAAUUCUAUGCAGGGUUCGGUCAAAAUGAGGCAAGAAAUCCAUAUCCAACUCAUGAAGGAGUUAAAAUUGCACAAGUUCAAAGCUGGAUAAAAGUGCUGACCGUAAAGGAAAAGAGCGGUUGCAGAAGGUCCACCACUAAAGCGGCAACAGUUACGUUGACAGCAGAAUUGAGGUUCAGAGAAGGCAUUUUUUUGCAAAAUCAAGUCCAGACAAGCACAAAACAGAAGAACCGCGGUCCGCACCUGCUUUUGCGCGGCCGCAAAAGUGCAAGCGCUGAGGCGCUCCGUAUUGCGCUGACAGCGGAACCUCUGUACAAAAUGGCAAAUAAUGAUCAUAUUGGAAAUGUUCUCCCGGGGGAGAAGGUAGAUGAUAACGCUGAAGAUGAGUUAGCCAAAGCACAGCCUCAGCAGAUUCAGGGACCAAAGCAAGUAAACACAAUGGAAAGCGUUAAUCUAUUGGUAAACAAGAGGAGACAACAUGGGAAACAAAUAUUGCAAGGGAAUAAUCAGAAUUGGGGAAACCAAGGCCAAGAAAAAUGGAACAAUAACAACAACAAUUCUAACAAAUGGGGGAACAACAACCAGAAUUGGGGUAACAAUAGUAAUUGGGGUGGCAACAACAACCAAAGAAGUUGGAAUAAUGGCAAUCAAGGUAAUCGGGGGCCAGGUUUUCAAAGGCCUCCAAUGUUUCAACAACCAAACAAUCCACCUCCAUUUCCGUCCCAAGGUCCUAGCUUGUCCAAUAAUGAGAUGGGACAGAUUGAGUCAAUGUUUGAGAGAAUGAUGAAGAAGAACGUCGACUCCGAUCCCCAAUUAGAAUCCCAUAAUACUUCUAUCCUCAACCAAGAGGUCCAACUUGGACAGAUUUCACAAGCUUUGAACACUCGCCCUAAGGGGAACUACCUAGUGACACGGUAG